CGGAGCUGGAGGAGAAUGUCUGUCCAUUCAGCCUAACUAACCGAUAGGUACCACCACCAAACAGUAGCAGCAGAAGGCAAAGAUUCUGUCCUGCUCUCCAUCCCCUCCCUCCUUCUGAAUCCCUUUAAGAGCACGCAUAUGAUUGGCUGUAGCUAUGCAGGGUUUUUCUCCCAUUCUUUCUCUCUCUCUCUCUCUCUCCUUCUUCCCCAUCACCCCUCCCCGGUUUUUCAUCCUCUGUUACUGUGAGUUGUUCAGCUUUGCCACAGCAGCAGCAGCAGCAUGAAUAAUAUGCUGGCAACAGCUGUUAGAUUUCAAGUUGAGCAUCCCUAGAUACCUUUGAAUAGCAGCUCUGGGAAGGAAGAGAACAGAGAAAGGGAGAAAGGCAGGGGAGGGAAGGGGGGAGAGAGAGAAAAGGAAACCCGAUCCCUAAACAAAAAAAGAGAAUAAUAGCUUUCAUCUCCCUUUCUCCCCCUUGCCUUCCCAGUCCCUCAAUCAAAGCACGAAUUGCUAUCGGCGUUUGCAGUCCGUGAAGGUCCACCACCGAGUGAGUAGUGGUGUGGGGUUUUUUGGGGGGGGCAGUCAUGUCGAAGCUAGGAACCAAGAGCAUGAGGGAUGGAGAGACAGACAUGUCCUGCAAUGGACAAGCCGAGAGCCCUUUUGGAUCAAGAGAAGAAGAAAGCAAGCAGAAAGUGGAACCCAAGCAAAUAAUCGUGUGGAGGAAUGUCAUCUUAAUGGCCUUGCUUCACAGUGGAGCUGUGUAUGCCCUUCUUCUCAUUCCCAAGGCCCAUUUGUAUACUCUGAUCUGGGCAUACAUAUGUUUCCUGGUGUGUGCCCUGGGUGUGACAGCGGGUGCCCAUCGCUUGUGGAGUCACAGAUCUUACAAAGCCAGACUGCCUCUGCGAAUAUUUUUGGCUGCAGCCAAUUCCAUGGCAUUUCAGAAUGAUAUUUUUGAGUGGGCCCGAGACCACCGAGUGCACCACAAAUACUCCGAGACGGAUGCUGACCCGCAUAAUGCCCAGCGGGGAUUCUUUUUCUCCCAUAUCGGCUGGCUCUUUGUUCGGAAGCAUCGUGACGUCAUUGAGAAAGGAAGAAAACUGGAUUUCAGUGAUUUAUUGGAGGAUCCGGUGGUGAUCUUUCAGAGAAAGUACUAUAAAAGUUCAGUUGUGUUGAUGUGUUUUGUCAUUCCUACUAUCGUGCCUUGGCAUUUCUGGGGCGAGAGCAUAUGGAAUUCAUACUUCUUGGCUUCUAUUCUCCGCUACACCAUCUCCCUCAACGUUGCUUGGUUGGUCAAUAGUGUGGCUCACAUGUAUGGAAACAGGCCCUAUGACAAAAACAUCAACCCUCGGCAGAAUGGCUUUGUCACUUUCGGAGCUAUCGGAGAAGGCUUCCAUAAUUACCACCAUACCUUUCCGUUUGAUUAUUCGGCCAGCGAGCUUGGCUUGAAGUUCAACCCAACCACAUGGUUCAUUGACUUGAUGUUUUGGUUGGGUUUGGUCACUGAGAGGAAGCAAGCACCCAAGGAGAUGAUCAAAGCUCGCAGAGAGAGAACUGGAGAUGGUACUUCUUGAGAAACAAACCGACUUCUUGAAUUCAGAUGCUGCUGUAUGUGUCGUUUGUAUGUUUCUUCAUUGAGGGGGGCUUCUGUCCCAAACCUUCCCCUUAUAACAAAAGUAGUAUUUUUCAUUGAAUGAUGGCCAAAUUCAUUUCUGGAGAAAUGUCAUUUUCCUUUAGUGCAGUCCUUUUUCUAUGGCAGAAAACACUUUAAAUAUUCAUUCAUCUUCCAAGAAAGGUGUGAAUUUUCCCAUAAUGUAAUGCCCUUCAGAUUCGUUGAACUCUAGUUCCCCAUAAUCCAAAGGCAAUUGUGGCCUUUGGACGUGUGAGUCCAACACAUCUGGAAAACACCUGGUUGUAUGGAAAGACUCAAUGGGCAGUCCUUGGGGUUGUGGGUGCUAGAUCUACUGAAGGCAUGAGAUCUACCAACCAUGGGGCAAAGCAUGAUGGUUUUGCCUCUAGACAUACAGAGGUCCAUCUGACAUGUUGCACUCUGAUGUAGAAUGUAAAACUGGCUAGGAAAAACUGGGCAGCUUACUUACUUACCUGGUCUAAAGCAUCCCUUUAGCUCAUAAACAGGUCACUAGAUGCGCUGAAUACGGUACAUUAAACUUCCUGAAUGCUCUCUAUGAUUUGAGGGAAUGCUCUAGGGCAGUGAUGGUUAACCUUUUUGCCAUUGCGUGCCAGGAACGGGGGGGAGGGGGGGUCACGCACACAUGUGCCCACACCCAUAAUUCUAUGCGCCACGCCCCCACUCCCCCCCUCACUGGAAGUUGGCAAACGGGCUGUUUCCGGCCUCCGGAGGGCCUCCGGGGGGAUGGGGAAGGCCAUUUUCACGCUCCCCAAACUCCUAGAAAGGCUCUGGAGGCUGGGGAGAGCAAAAAAACGGGCCUUCCGAUCCCACCGGAAGUUGGCAAAUAUGCUGUUUCUGGCCUCCGGGGGGCCUUGGGGGGGUGGGGAAGGCUGUUUUCGUCCUCCCCAACCUCCUAGAAAGGCCUGGGGAGAGAGAAAAAUGGGCCUUCCCCACCACCACCCAAGGCCCUCCGGAAGCAGGAAACAGCCUGUUUCCCUACUUCCAGUGGGCCCUUGAGCUGAGCUCGCAUGCCCAACAAUAUGGCUACGCAUGCCAUAGAUUCACUAUCACGGCUCAGGAGGAUCCUCAACACAGUCUCCUGCAGUCGUGCAUGACAGGACAAGCUCAUCAGCAGUAGGCCAUCUUCCUUUAAAGCAGGGGGAGGGGUCUCCACUUUAAGCCUGGCGGACUUCAACUCCCAGAAUUCCCAAGCUGGCUGGGGAAUUCUGGGAGUUGAAGUCCGCCAGGCUUAAAGUUGCCAAGGUUGGAGACCCCCCUGCUUUAAAGGGUAGCUAAAAAAACUCCUGAUACCCCCCCCCCCCCCCAAGAAUGUAAAAUCCCUCCAUCUGCACUUGGUUUUAGCGGAAUUGAUUGUAGAAUUAAAGCUGUCUUAAAUACUUUUUUUUAAAGAUUACAUAUUAUUUAGUAUUAAAAGCAAACGAUAUUUGAUUUGAUGUAGUCGUCCUGACAAUACACCAUCCUUCUCCUUGCCCUCAUCGUCUGCAGUAAAUAUGGCCACUGAUCACGCUAGUUGGCAAUGAACUGUAAAGCCAAUUCCUACUGUCCAAUUCAUGUCACGAACUCUAAUCCAGUUCGUGUUAUCUGAACGAAGAAGCUCUGAAUGUACUACUACUUGGAUACACACAGUGGUGGGAUUCAGCCAGUUCGCACCACUUCGGGAGAACCAGUUGUUAACUUUCUGAGCAGUUUGGCAAACUGGUUUUUGGAAGAAAUCAUUAGGCAGAGAACCGGUUGUUAAAUUACUUGAAUCCCACCACUGGAUACACAAUGCAUCUCUUAACAGAAUGAAGGCACUUACAGUUCUUUAAAUGAAAGGAAAUCAACUGUUUAAUUUAAAAUAACUCUGUCAUGCCUCUUCCUCUGCCUUGGCCUUGGGGUUUCUUGUACACCGUUAAAAGGACUCUUUGAAAAGAACUUUCCCCCUUGUUUAAGCAAAAGUGUAGCUUGGUAGGUGUGAAGAAGAAUUCAUGAAAAAUGGAUUGCUACAUCCUCCCGUGAAGCGAAUGGGAAAGUAUUGUAAAUUAUCACAUGAUCUCCAUGAUCAAAGGCAGUGUUUUUCCACCAUGGCCACUUUUAAGAUGGGUGGACUUCAAUUCCCAGAAUUCCCCAGCCAGCAUAGGAUAGCAGAGCUGGCUAGGGAAUUCUGGGAGUUGAAAUCCACCCGUCUUAAAGUGACCACGGUGGAGAAACACAACUCCAAGGAAAUACCCCCAAACUGUGUUCCUAUAUUGAUGCAAAAGGACCUAAAAUAUAAUCAGUUCCAGGAGAUAUAUAAAAUAUAAUAUAUAAAUUAUAUAAAAUAUACUAUCCCACCAACCAGCAUUAUUUGGAUCAUGAUUCAGUAUUAUUGUUCUCGGUAAGAUGUCUUCUUUUCCUUCUUCUAAUUGCCUGCUUCUAGCUUUUACUAUUUAAUAGAUCCACAAUGAUGCCUGUGACCUACCCUGCUGUUUCUGUAGAGGAAGGCUGGAAAAAACGAUUAAAAACUAGGACUCUUGUGGCACUUUUUAAAAAUGGGCACAUUUUAUUCCUGCAUAAACUUGGGGGGAUUACAGCACACCGCAUCAGAUGCGCGUAGGCAUCUGAUACAGUGAAUUAGCAGCCAAGAAAAUCUGUGCAAUUUUGCAUUUGUCGGUCUGCUUAGUGCAGGGGUCCCCAUCCUCUGGUCCACGGACCGGUACCAGGGUGUGGCCUGUCCGGGCCACGCAAGCAGUGGGCGAGCAAGCAAAGCUCCCUCUAUGUCUGCAUGGAAAACACCCACCUGCCCACAAUCCGUGGAAAAAUGGUCUUCUAUGAAACUGGUUCCUGGUGCCAGAAAGGUUGGGGAAUGUUGGCUUAAUAGCCACAAGUUCUUGGCUGCGAGAGAUGGUGACUGAAAAAAAAAAGUAAAGAAUGUAAUUCAUUUAAAAAAAACAGUAUGGAAAAGGGGCAGACCAAAUCUUUUCAUAAGGGGAGAAUCAGACUGCACAUUGCAUUGCGAUCGUUCUGGUGAAACCAAGUUCUUUAAAUAAUUCCAAACAUUUUUUCUAGCGGUUAAAAAAAACCAACCACCACCCUCCCUUGAUCCAUCAUGUAUCACACUGAAGGGGUGGCCUUCAAAAAUUUUAGCAAGAGGUUCUCUGCCCAGUUGCUGGGGGGGGGGUAUGGCCAUUGUGGGUGUGGCCUAGUCAGCCUCCUGCACCACUGUGGGGGGCGUUUUUGCCCUCCCCGGGCUCCGGAGGCUUUUCUCGAGCCUCUGGGAGGGUAAAAAUGGCCUCCCCAGGCUCUGGAGGCCCUCUGGAGGCCGGAAACGGGCCCGUUUCUGGUCUUUCCGAACUUCCGGUAGGCCAGUUUUUCGCCCUCCCUCAGCCUCCGUGCGUGCCCUGCACUUACCUGCAUUCAAAAUGGGCGGCGUGGGAGGGGAGGAGCGGGGAGGCGGAGCCAGCCAGGAAUGGGAUUUGAGGGUUCUCCAAACUGCACAGAAUCUUAGCUAGAGGUUCUCCCGAACCCUUGCGAACCCUCAGCAGCCCCCCCCCCCCGAACCUUCCCUUAUUACACGCCAGUCUUUUGAUUUAUUCCAAGUUCUCCCUUGCUCAGUUGGGAUUUGUUUGAUGUGAGCCUGAUGAAGACGUCUUCGCUAAGGUUAUGUAAAGAAAGGAGAUUUUGUGAUGGCUUUUCUCUCGUGCUAAGGGGGUUAGCAGAAACAUCUUGUUGGGUUUUGCAAUUCCCUCUUGGAGAUCUUUCAAGUGCCACUCUUCAAUGCUCGUAUAGGUGGGUUUGUUUUUUUAAAAAAAAUCUGUGGUCUGUCUCCAUAUUGAAACAAGAAACAUUUCUAAACGGCUUGGAAUCGCUAAUGAUUAAAGCAAGACAUAGAGAGAUUUACCCUUGUUGCAAGAUUAGUGCUCCUCUGCUUUAUUUUUCCUUUUUCCCCCCCCUCUCUCAUUAACUUGUUGAAUAUGCAGUUAAUUUAUUUUUUAAAAAGCAGGUAUUUAUAUUAACAUAUAUAUGCUUUAUGGGCCAAAAAUUAAAAUGAAUAUGUUUAAAAUUAUUGAUUUUAUUGUCAUUUUGUGAUAUAGACAUUGUCAUUUCUAAUGUAUACAGCUAAAUGAUGUCUUCAAAAUCAAAUAAAGCUUCAUGUUAAAUGUU